AUGGUGAGUGAUGAAGAUAGGAGUUCCAAGGCCGUUCGUAUCAAGGGUAAGUCUCAUGGUCUUGAUAGCGGAGAGGAUACUGCAAAGCAUGCUGGAAAGUCAAAGCCUGUGAAAGGGAAGAAGUUAGUUAUAAAUUUUGGUGCACGGAAGAUAAAUAUAACUAAGUCUCCAAGGUCUGAUGUUUCAACUGGUCAAAGAGAACAAGAUGUGGUGACCUCGAAUGGCAGUGAAGAUGUGAGCCAGCAGAAGGCAAGUCGUAUGGUGGAUAGACAUGAUGGUUCUGCUAAUAUCGGUGAUGCUAAAGACAGAAGCGAUUAUUCUGGCCAUUUGAAAGGUUCAAAGGUUGCUGGAAGAGAAGGAAAUUUUAUAAAGUUGGGAAAAGUUAGGUCAGGAGCUUCUGAUUCUAACCCUAAAUUUGCUAGAGGAGAUAAGGUUGAUGGAUACGAAGCCGUUCCUCCAGAGCCAGUACAUGGUUCGUCCGGAAAAAGCAUUGAAGGGGGCACGACCGCAGUUGUGCCUGUAGGUGAAGUCCCGACUAUGAGAAACGAGAGGGUAUACUCCCGCAAGCAAUCACAAAGCAGGUCUAAUAUACGUACUGAAAGCAAUGAUGAUCCCGGUCAGACACCUGUUUCACAUUCGCCGGCCAAGGAUACAAAACCUUUAUUGAAGUUUAAGCUUAAGAAACCUAAUCUCGAAAAUCAGAGUUCUUCCUAUCAGGAGGAAGAAAAAAGUUACGUUAAGGGCCAACGGUCAAAAAGAAAGAGACCGUCACCGUUUAUGGAGAAAACGUCAUUUAGUGAGAAUGAUGACAAGACACAAUCAGUUCAAGAUAAUCUAAUGGAUGAGAUCAUGGAUGCUAAUUGGAUUUUGAAAAAGUUGGGCAGAGAUGCAAUUGGAAAGCGAGUUGAAGUUCAGCAGCUAUCUGACAAUUCAUGGCACAAGGGAGUGGUUACUGACAUAAUCGACGGCACAUCAACGCUAUCUGUUACUCAGGAUGAUGGCAAAGUCAAAUCUCUGGAACUCGGGAAGCAAGGGGUUCGUUUUGUAUCUCAAAAGCAGAAGAGGUCGAGAACAUGA